GUCUUACUCGAUGGACAAAGUCGAAGGUGUCGUUACGAGGUCUUGCAGGUCACUGUCCAGGGCUUCCAGGACAAGGUCCAGGGUGGACUCGUCGCCCCCAUGGGGUCUGGCCGGUUCGCGGUCAAGAAGCUGACGUUUGACGUCUUCAAGGGCCUGGCCGACGGCUUCCACGUCCAGGUCUUGACGGUCGACCUUCGGGCUCGUGUGCCAUUCGUGGACGACAACUUCGUGACCGUGUGCACCUUGGCCGACGACACGGUCAAGAGGCCUGUGGGUCUGAUGCUUUCCAAGAAUGUCAUCGGCCAGGACGUGGACCACGAGGACCCGGACUUGGAGCUUCUCUUUCCUAUCACACCCGCCAUCUGUAUGCUGGCUUGGAUUUGUGCGGACCGGGCACAAAGCACCUCCGUCCAGCUCCAGGUCUUGGCCUUGCACAAGUGGCCUGAGGACUUGCUCCUCUACAACCACAAAGUCUCGCCGUUGCUGGACUUCUGGACUGGCAACGGUGGGCAGCUGCAGGAGAUGCAGAUCAUCACGGCCGAGGUCAAACACAGUGUCAUCGGGGUCAUGUCUCUCGCCCAGAAGGUCACUCAGCUGCUGGAGGAG